CUUGCAUCGAGCUAGCCGGCCAGACCCCGCCCUCUCUUCGUUUGUCAACAAAGGGGUUUGACAAGCUCGGAGAAGCCCUGCCCCCAUGUCUCCAUAAAAGGAUGAUUUGGCCAUACGCGGCCGACAAGCAAGCCGUGGGUAACCUCUCCCCUUCCCCGUCCCGUUCAGACGGUGCGUAAAAGCGGAGCUAUCAUGGCGGAGCGCGUGCAUCAGCCCCCGGCGAAGCGGCUCUGCUGUCGCCCGGGAUACGGUGCUGCGUGUCGGCAAGGCCAGCGGGCCGCGGGGGCGCCGUGCGGCGGCGGUGGCUCCUCCGGUGCCGCGCCGGGCGAGUCCAGCAAGACGCAGAACCCGGAGACCCUCCUGGACAUCGCGGCGCGCAGAGUCGCGGAGAAGUGGCCGUUUCAGAGGGUGGAGGAGCGCUUCGAGCGCAUCCCGGAGCCCGUCCAGAGGCGGAUCGUUUACUGGUCGUUCCCGAGGAGCGAGCGAGAGAUCUGCAUGUACUCGUCGUUCAACACCGGCAGCGGGGAGGAGAGCGGAAGCGGCGGGGAGAGCGCCGACGAAACGCGGCUGCCCUUCCGACGGGGCAUCGCUCUGCUGGAGAGCGGCUGCGUGGACAACGUGCUGCAAGUCGGGUUCCACCUCAGCGGCACAGUGAGGGAACCGGCCACGUCCUCGGAGCCCGAGCUGGUCUGCAACGUCAGCGUCAGCUUCGACCGCUGCAAGAUCACCGCGGUAACGUGCAGCUGCGGCAACAAGGACAUCUUCUACUGCGCCCACGUGGUGGCACUCUCGCUGUACCGGGUACGGAAGCCCGAGCAGGUCAAGUUGCGGCUGCCCAUCUCGGAGACUCUUUUCCAAAUGAACAGGGACCAGCUGCAGAAGUUCGUCCAGUACCUGAUCACGGUGCAUCACACCGAGGUGCUGCCGACGGCGCAGAAGCUGGCCGACGAGAUUCUGUCGCAGAACUCGGAGAUCAACCAAGUUCACGGAGCUCCAGACCCGACGGCCGGCGCCAGCGUGGACGAUGACAACUGCUGGCAUCUGGACGAGGAGCAGGUUCAGGAACAGGUCAAGCUCUUCCUCUCCCAGGGCGGGUACCACGGCUCGGGGAAGCAGCUCAACUUACUGUUCAGCAAGGUGAGGGAGAUGCUGAAGAUGAGGGACUCCAACGGAGCUCGCAUGUUGACGCUGAUCACAGAGCAGUUCAUGGGCGACCCCAGACUGGCGCUGUGGAGGCAACAGGGAACCACCAUGACUGACAAGUACAGGCAGCUGUGGGAUGAACUAGGAGCCCUGUGGAUGUGCAUUGUGCUGAACCCCCACUAUAAACCCGAGCAGAAGGGAUUCUGGCUUCGACAGCUUCGCAGGUGGAACAGCGUGGACGUCUGCCCCUUGGAGGACGGUAACCAUGGCAGCGAGCUGACCAAUCUGACCAACGCUCUGCCCCAGGGCCCUCCAGGCAACCCAGAUUCCCUCACUCGGCCUCACCGGACGGUGUUCACGCGAGCGAUCGAGGCCUGCGACCUGCACUGGCAGGACCCCCACCUGCAGCACAUAAUCACCGAGGACCACUACGCCAACUACUGUUACCACGACAACCUCAGCAGCUCCCUCUUCGACGGCCGAGGGUGGCCCCUGUGGCACGAGCACGUCCCGACGGCGUGCGCCCGAGUGGACGCGCUGAGAUCUCACGGUUACCCGAAGGAAGCGCUCCGGCUCGCCAUCGCCAUCGUCAACACGCUGCGGCGGCAACAGCAGAAACAGAUGGAGUUCUUCCGCACGCACAAAAAAGAGCUGCUCCAUAAAGGCAUAACGUCAGUGACCAACCUGGAGGGCUGGGUGGGCCACCCUCUGGACCCCAUCGGCACCCUGUUCAGCACCCUGAUGGAGACGGGGCGGGGCGGCGAGGACGGCGCCGCAGCUCUGCUCGACUUCUCAGGCUCGCCGGGUUCGGGUCGGAGGACGGCGCAUCCUGUUUUGCCGGUGGAGCGUUUCCUGGAGGAAGGAGAGUCGUUUAUGUCGCUGGCCGUGGAGACGGCUCUGAUUGGCUUAGGGCAGCAGAGGGUGAUGCCGGACGGCCUGUACGCUCAGGAGAAAGUGUGUCGCAACGAAGAGCAGCUGUUGGCCAAGCUUCAAGAGGUCAACUUGGGCGACGCGCUGGUGAAGAUCUUCAGGAAACAAGCCGCUUUCCUGCUCGAGGCUGGUCCUUACAGCGGUCUGGGGGAGUUACUCUACAGGGAGAGCGUCCCCAUGCACACGUUUGCCAAGUAUCUCUUCACCUCCCUGCUACCUCAUGACGCCGAGCUGGCGUACAAAAUUGCACUGAGGGCCAUGCGAUUGCCGGUCCUGGAGUCCACGUCCCCCUCCGGCGACUUGUCUCGGCCUCACCACAUCGUGUCCGUGGUGCCCAACCGCCUCCCCCGCUGGUUCACCCUCAGCCACAUAGAGACCCAACAGUGUGAACUGGCCUCCACGAUGCUCACUGCUGCUAAAGGCGACGCCCGUAAACUGGAAACAGUGUUAGAGUCCAUCCAGAAGAACAUCCACUCCUCUUCACACAUCUUUAAACUGGCCCAGGACGCCUUCAAGAUCGCCACUCUCAUGGACAGCCUGCCGGACAUCACGCUGCUCAAAGUCUCCCUGGAGCUGGGUCUUCAGGUGAUGAGGAUGACGCUGUCUACCUUGAACUGGCGGAGGAGAGAGAUGGUGCGAUGGCUGGUCACUUGUGCUACUGAAGCCGGUGUGUUCGCGCUGGACAGCAUCAUGCAGAGCUGGUUCACCCUCUUCACCCCCACCGAAGCCACCAGCGUCGUGGCCAGCACCGUGAUGUCCAACAGCACCAUCGUCCAUCUGCAUCUGGACUGCCACCAGCAGGAGAACCUGGCCAACUCGGCCCGCACCUUGGCCCUGCAGUGCGCCAUGAAGGACCCCCAGAACUGCGCCCUCUCGGCUCUCACGCUCUGCGAGAAGGACCACAUUGCCUUCGAAACAGCCUAUCAGAUUGUACUGGACGCCGCCGCCACGGGGAUGAACUACACCCAGCUGUUUACAAUAGCGCGCUACAUGGAGCACCGCGGUUACCCCAUGCGGGCGUACAAAUUAGCCACGUUAGCCAUGACUCACCUGAACCUCAGCUACAACCAAGACACGCACCCGGCCAUCAACGACGUGCUCUGGGCGUGCGCGCUCAGCCACUCGCUGGGGAAAAACGAACUGGCGUCGGUCAUCCCCCUGGUGGUGAAGAGCGUGAAGUGCGCCACAGUGUUGUCGGACAUAUUGCGGCGGUGCACGCUGACGACGCCGGGCAUGGUGGCGCUGCACAGUCGCAGGAACUCUGGGAAGCUGAUGCCUCUGGACAAGGCUCCGCUCAGGCAGCUGCUGGACGCCACGAUCGGGGCCUACAUCAACACGACGCACUCCCGGCUGACGCACAUCAGCCCGCGGCACUACAGCGAGUUCAUCGAGUUCCUCAGCAAAGCCCGCGAGACGUUCCUGAUGGCGCACGACGGGCACGUCCAGUUCACGCAGUUCAUAGACAACCUGAAACAGAUAUACAAGGGCAAGAAGAAACUCAUGAUGCUCGUUCGAGAAAGAUUUGGUUGACCCGACGACCAUGUUUUAAUACAUCCUUUCUGACUUGAAGUGAAAAUCCUCCUAAAAACAACAUUCGUGCAAAUCUUAUUCCUACGAUUUGCCGCGAAGGUCGACGGCGACAACGUGCACGACUCCCCGAGACCGAAGUGGAAUAAUUCACCGUGAAUGUUUCCUCUUCUUUUUUUUUUUCCAUCGGGAGUCGCAGGACCCGCCAGACUCACUGGACGUCCCGGGAAUAAAGAUGUGAAAUGUGUUUUUUAGGGUACAUUUUCUCCUAAGAAUUACAAGUUUUUGGAAAUUGAAGGAGAGAAAAAAAAGAAAAGAAAAGAAAAACACUGUUAAAACCAUAAAAAGGAACAGCUGAUAUCGAUGUGUAUAAAAAAAAAAACAAAAAAAACAUUAAGUUUGCGUGUUUCCCUUUAUAUAUGUAUGAAAGUGAGAGAGUAAGAGUUUUACACUGAGUAUAUUAUACUGUCCAGUGGAUUAAAACGUCCACCACGCACCUCCUACUUCCCUCAGCUAGACGUUCGACAGCCUCAAAGGAGACAAACGGCUUUAAACCAAAUGGAGGAGCUCCAUCUGAAGUGACACGUACCUCUUUUUAAAAGGAUCCAGCUUUACUCUUUUUUGUUUUUCUUUUUUCUACUCCUCACAAACCAGAAUUCAUUUUUAUUUUAUUUUUUUAGUUUUUCAUCUUCAGGCUGAUUGUUUUGUUUUUUUCGUCUCAAACAUUCAAUAUGUUUUUAAUUUACUGUUGCGGGAACACAAAAACAAAAAAACUGUCAACAUACAUUCUCAGGGAUUUCAACUAAAAUAAAAGAAGGAAGGAAAGAAAGAAAGAAAGCAAGCAAGACAAAAAAAAAAAAAGAGAGAACAAAAACAUUUUAUUGUCCUGUAUAUAUGAAAGUAUACGUCUGAAUAUUGAAAAAAAAAAAAUGUAUAUGUUAACUAAUUUAUGACAGAAUAUUCUAUGUGAGGCACAAUACUUGAAGCUGCAGUACUUUUUUUUUUUUUUUUUUUUUUUUUUUAACCAGAAAAAAAAAAAAAAAAAAAA